CAUUAAGUGUAAAUGCCACCAAAAAGACAUUGGCAGAAUUAUGUAAACGCAAAUAGAGUAUAAAUUAAAAAAAAGAAAACUUUACCUUACAAAUUGUUUAUUUAAUGUAAUUCUAUAAAUUACAUAUGGUUAUCAUUAAUUAUUCUCUAUAACUAUUUUCUUAUCACAUUUUCAUAACAGUUUAUAAAAUGUCUAUGACCGACCAAAAUUCUAACCACUCUACUAUAGAAAAGAAAGAGGGAGACCCGAUGAAGCUUAAAAUUCUAGCAUUUCAUGGAUACAGACAGAAUGGUGCAUUAUUUCGAGGCAAAAUUGGAUCGUUCCGGAAAGCCGUCUCUAAAUAUGCCCAGCUAACGUUUAUUUCUGCCCCUCAUAAAGUGCUAAAUGAAGAAGGCGGUGUAGAUGAAGAUCAUAGGUCAUGGUGGUUCAACGCUGAAGACAAUACAUUUAGUGGAAAAUGUCUGGGUGGACCAGCCAUUGGAUUUGAAAAGACUUUGCAGUUAGUUGAGAAUAUAGUCAAAGAAUAUGGACCUUUUGAUGGGUUUAUGGGUUUCUCACAGGGAGCAUGCUUAGUGGGCCUAUUAGCUGCUAUGCAACAAAAGGGAUAUUUACCUUAUAGUUUUAAUUUUGCAAUAUUCGCUUCUGGCUUCCGAUCUGGAAGUUUGGUUCAUAAAGGAUUUUAUGAUGAUGAAAUUGAUUUACCAUCAUUACAUGUUUAUGGCGAAAGUGAUUCCAUCAUUCCUAAAGAAAUGAGUGAAUCACUAAUAAAUUUAUUCAUUAAACCUAUAAUAGCUGAGCAUUCUGGAGGACAUUAUGUAGCAUGUUCAGGAUCUAUAAAAGAUGCUUACUUAGAUUUCUUGCAUGAAAAAUAUCAAGAUUUACUAGAGGAAAGAAAUGAAGAAGAUAAAAACGAUACUUAAGAUCUCUCUGUAUAAAUACAUUGUAAAUUAUAAUUUUAAUAUUAAAUAAAGCAGUGCUGACAUGUUAUACAUAACUUAUUAAAUAAUUUCAUUUAAAUAAUUAAGGUAUCCCUAAACCACUGCAAAUUAAA